AUGUCAACAACAGUCGGUCAAGUUAUUAAAUGUAAGGCAGCAGUUUGUUGGGAAGCAAAGAAAGACUUUGUUAUUGAGGAGAUCGAGGUUGACCCACCCAAGGCCGGUGAGGUCAGAAUACGUGUGCUCUCGUCGGGUGUCUGCCACACCGAUGCCUACACACAGGGCGGUCACGACUCUGAAGGUGUUUUCCCAUCGAUUCUCGGUCAUGAGGGUGGUGGUGUCGUCGAGUCGGUCGGUGAGGGUGUCACCAGUGUUGCCGUCGGUGACCACGUCAUCCCAUUGUACAUCCCAGAGUGUCGUGAGUGCAAGUUCUGCAAGUCCGGAAAGACCAAUCUCUGCUCGAUCAUUCGUAUCACUCAGGGUAAGGGUUUGAUGCCAGACGGAACCUCGCGUUUCCGUUGUCGUGGACAGACCGUCUAUCACUUUAUGGGUUGUUCGACCUUCUCCGAGUACACUGUGGUUGCAGAGAUCUCAAUUGCCAAAGUUAGAAAAGAUGCACCAUUAGAUAAAGUUUGUCUAUUGGGUUGUGGUAUUACAACUGGAUAUGGAGCUGUUGUAAACACUGCUAAAGUUGAAGAAGGUGCUAUUGUUGCCGUAUUUGGUUUGGGUGCUGUCGGACUUGCUGCUGUAAUGGGUGCUGCCGAAGCUAAAGCAAAGAGAAUCAUUGCAAUUGAUAUUAACAAAGAGAAAUUUGAAAAAGCUAAACUCUUUGGUGCAACAGAGUGUAUUUGUCCAACAGAUUAUGAGAAACCAAUUGAACAGCUAUUGGUAGAGAUUACCGAUGGUGGUGUAGAUUACUCAUUCGAGUGUAUCGGUAAUGUAAAGGUGAUGCGUGCCGCCUUGGAGUGUUGUCACAAGGGUUGGGGUGUCAGUACAAUCAUUGGUGUCGCACCAGCCGGUACUGAGAUCUCCACUCGUCCAUUCCAAUUGGUCACUGGUCGUGUAUGGAAGGGAUCGGCAUUCGGUGGUGUCAAAGGUAGAUCUCAAUUACCAGGUAUCGUUGACAAGUAUAUGGAUGGUAAAAUCAAAGUAGAUGAAUUCGUUACUUUCAAUUUGCCACUCAGUGAAAUCAAUGAAGCAUUCCAUUUGAUGCAUGAGGGAAAGAGUGUUCGUUCAGUUCUACAACUAAACUUAUAA